GGUGGCGGUAAUGCACAUUUCGUUGUAUGCCAACCGCCAUAAAAAAAUUAAGAAGAAAAGCGUCUGAUACUGUUUCCGGUUCACAAUCAUACGAGAAAUAGAUCAUUUUGCUCUGUGAAGGACCGACAUGACUCGACAUGGGAAGAACUGUACAGCAGGAGCUGUUUACACUUAUCACGAGAAGAGGAAAGACACCGCGGCGUCGGGUUAUGGGACACAGAGUGUGCGUCUGGGAAAAGAUGCAAUCAAAGAUUUUGACUGCUGCUGUCUGUCGUUACAGCCCUGUAGGGACCCCGUUAUAACUGAAGAUGGAUACAUAUAUGAAAAAGAAGCCAUUCUGCAAUACAUCCUUCACCAAAAGACAGAGAUUGCUAAGAAAAUGAAGGCAUAUGAGAAGCAGAAACAGGCUUUGAAGAGUGAGGGCCAGCUGGAGUCCAAGUCUGAGGAAAGACAGAGAGCAGAGAAGUUCAAACAGAGAGAGAACAACAUUGUCUCCAAGCCAAUCAACCCCUUUACCUCAGGUAAAUCUAAAGGUGAUGGAAUCCCAAAGAGCUCACCGAGCUCCUCCACUUCUGACGCUUCAGCGGGAGAGUCCAGUUCUUCUUCAGCCCUGCCCAGCUUCUGGAUCCCCAGCCUCACACCAGAGGCCAAGCCCACCUUGCUUAAAAAACCUUCAAAGGCAGUGUUGUGCCCCAUGUCAGGGCGUCCUUUGAAGAUGAGUGAUUUGAUUUCUGUGCGCUUUACUCCACUGGAUCCUGGUCUGGACAGAGUGGCCCUCCUCACACGGCAGGACAGAUAUGUGUGUGCAGUAACCAAAGACACUCUCGGGAACUCUGUGCCCUGUGCAGUUCUCAGGCCCUCUUCAAGUAAAGUCAAUAAAACUGGUUUGACAUGAGUGUCAGCAAUGUUCAGUUCACGCCAGGAGGAGGAUAUCCACCAUCAUUAACCUUCUCUGGUUCAGUUGAGUGCAUCGCCAGCAUCAUUUGUGAAACUUCUCAGGUAAAUCAUCUCGGCUACAUGCAACUGGAAGAAUCUUCAGAGAAAUUAAUAGAAUGCCUGAAGAAGAUCUUUGAAUGAAAUGCUGUAAGGUAUUACAGAUUUGCAAGCUAUACAACAGUGUGCUGGCUGUGUUUAUGGAUUUAACAGCAUUAUCAUUGACCAUACGUUAUCAACUGAACUCAAUUUACCAAUGCCUAUACUAAAUUAUGAAACCUAAAUUAUAGAGCUCAUAUCAAAUAAAAAUAAAAACUGUCCAACCAGUCACAUUUGAGAGCAUUAAUCUUUUAGAGAAAAAUCAAGCGCUUCUGCUGGAAACAUGAUAAGCAGAGUUGUAAAAAAUUAUACUUUGAAAAAAAAAAAAAAAAAAAUCAAGCAGUAAAGAAACAUUUCUAAAUAAGUAUAUGCUAUGGUUUAAAAAGAGAACUUUUUUCUUUUCUUUUUUAAACGAAUUUGUUAUUUUUUAAGGUUAAUUUCAAUAAUUUAAUUAUUAGUAAAUGUUUUCAUUACUUAUUUAUAUUCACUUCUAUCAAAACGUCAUAACAGUUUGCCUGAAAGAACACGACACAUUCGGAUGUCUUACGCAUGAUUUACACGUGGUCGGGAGCAGGUGUAAAUUUUGUUUGUACCAACUAACAUUUUGAAAAUACCAAAACUUUCAUGAAUUCGAGAAUUUACGUCAGAACGGCUUUAGGAUUUACACAAAAAUUUGUUCUGCUCGUGUUUCAUGAAUGAGGCCCAGUGACAGUGAUUUUAGUCCUUCCUCUCACUUCUAGUUUUGUCUCUUUCUUACUGUC